CGGCCGGCCGGCCGGGCGGCGGCGCCCGGGCCUCCUGGGCGGGGCUCCUGCGCCGGCACCAGGCGGCGGGUCGCGCGGCGGCGGCGGGGGCCAUGGCGGGCUGCUGCGCGGUGCUGGCGGCCUUCCUGUUCGAGUACGACACGCCGCGCAUCGUGCUCAUCCGCAGCCGUAAAGUGGGGCUCAUGAACCGCGGCGUGCAGCUGCUCAUCCUGGCCUACGUCAUCGGGUGGGUGUUCGUGUGGGAAAAGGGCUACCAAGAAAUGGACUCUGUGGUCAGCUCAGUUACUACCAAGGCCAAAGGCGUGACUGUGACCAACACUUCUAAACUAGGAUUCCGGAUCUGGGAUGUGGCCGAUUAUGUGAUUCCAGCUCAGGAGGAAAACUCCCUCUUCAUCAUGACCAACAUGAUCAUCACCAUGAACCAGACGCAGGCCACCUGUCCCGAGAUUCCUGAUAAGGCCACUGUGUGCGAAUCAGAUAUGGACUGCCCUGCUGGGUCCACCGGCACCCACAGCAAUGGAGUCAAGACUGGAAGAUGCGUGCCGUUCAAUGGGUCUGUGAAGACCUGUGAGGUGGCAGCCUGGUGCCCAGUGGAGGAUGACACACACGUGCCAAAACCUGCUUUUUUAAAGGCUGCAGAAAACUUCACUCUCUUGGUUAAGAACAACAUCUGGUAUCCCAAAUUUAAUUUCAGCAAGAGGAAUAUCCUUCCCAACAUCACCACCACCUACCUCAAAUCGUGCAUUUAUGAUGCUAAAACAGAUCCCUUCUGUCCCAUAUUCCGUCUGGGGAAAAUCGUGGAGAACGCAGGACACAGCUUCCAAGACAUGGCCAUUGAGGGAGGCAUCAUGGGCAUCCAGGUCAACUGGGACUGCAACCUGGACAGAGCGGCCUCCCUCUGCCUGCCCAGGUAUUCCUUCCGCCGCCUCGAUACCCGAGACCUCGACCACAAUGUGUCUCCUGGAUACAAUUUCAGGUUCGCCAAGUACUACCGGGACCUCGCCGGCCUCGAGCAGCGCACGCUCAUUAAGGCAUAUGGCAUCCGCUUCGACAUCAUCGUGUUUGGGAAGGCUGGGAAGUUUGACAUCAUCCCUACCAUGAUCAACAUCGGCUCCGGCCUGGCGCUGCUGGGGGUGGCGACAGUGCUGUGUGACGUCAUAGUCCUAUACUGCAUGAAGAAGAAAUACUACUAUCGGGAGAAGAAGUACAAGUAUGUGGAAGAUUACGAGCAGGGUCUAGGUGGUGAGACAGACCAGUGAUGCCUACCCCACACUGGGCUCCCCACAGCCAUCAAAGCACAGUGAGAAGAAGGGAGAAAUGGCUGCUGUCUCACCCCAGAGAACAUUCCAGAUUCUGAUUCACUCUCCACGGGUGCUCAGGGUUGCCCAGCAGCUCCUGCAUUUGGUGCGUCGGGUUCGUUUGUCCCUCAGCCCAGUGGAUUGCCAGUGUCGUUGGCUGGGGGAGCUGCUGGGGCAUUCUCAGGGCCUCUAGGGCUGGCUUUCCUCCGAAGCUGCAGUCUCUGGGCCCCUCGGGACAGGCAGUCCUGGGAAGCACUUCAUAAGGAAGAGAAAGCCUUGCGGCUCCUGCUUCCUGGACAUCUAGCAGGCCUGGGCUGCCGCUCCUCUUUCCCAAACCAGGAACAUUGUCCUUGGCAACACCGCACAGAGUUAGCUCUUUUCCUUUGAGAACAGCUAUGUAGUGAAGGUUGAAGAUCAAACAUUAAAACAAGUGGUUUUCUUAAUCCUCGUGCGUCAUCUCCUAGCAUGGGCUUGAACUCUCCUUCCUUUUCUUUUAAUUCAUGGAAGUUAAUAUGGGGCAGGGGAGGUUCUUGUCAUCUUGCUGAUGACAAGAACGAUUACCAACGGUUCUGCCCACACGCAACCUUGCAGUGAAGGCCACUUCCUGAAACGGCCAGUCCUAACUGAAGCCUCGGUCAGAUCACUUCUCCGAGACCUCUCUGGGCAACGGCUGUCCGCCCUUCAUGGCCUGCGAUAAGCCCCUGCAACCAAAGAACUUCUCUUUUGAAACAUCCUGGGUGCACUUCUCCUUCUUUGCCUUGCAAAGUUCCCCCCGGCCUCAGCCUCCCUGGAUACACACCUCUGAUGCCACAGCACAGGUAGCCUGAAUUGCAGUCACACCCAAUAAACUCUAUUUUAGGUUGACAACUUCAAGUAGAUCCUUUUGUUGCCCAGCCCUGUCCUCAGGAAAGGCCUCUGAGACGGUUCAUCUCUGGAACUCAGGCAUUCCCCCACUUUGCUCUUCUCUUAAAAGCCGAAUCAUU